AAGACCACCUCUUACUAUCCCUUUGUUGGUUCAGUUUUUCCUUCUUGCAUUGAUUGGAAUCACUGCAAACCAAGGUUUUUAUCUCUUGGGAUUAUACUAUGCAUCUCCAACCUUUGCUUCAGCAAUGCAAAACUCAGUUCCUGCAAUCACUUUUGUUAUGGCUGCAGCUGUAAGACUCGAGAAAAUUAAUAUCAGAAGGAGAGAUGGUUUGGCCAAAAUUGUAGGAACCAUUGCAAGUAUAGGAGGUGCCUCUGUUAUAACUCUUUACAAAGGCCCUCCUCUUUUGCAUCAGGCAGAAAAUAUACAUAGAAAUACCUUAGCAGAAGAGAUUCCAAGAAACACACAGAACUGGACAUGGGGUUGUAUAUACUUGCUUGGACAUUGCUUAUCAUGGGCAGGUUGGAUGGUCUUUCAGGCUCCUGUGCUUAAGAAGUAUCCGGCGAAACUCUCGCUUACAUCUUUCACAUGCUUCUUCGGAUUGAUCCAGUUCAUGAUCAUAGCAGCUUUUGUAGAAACAGACUUAGAGCAUUGGAAAAUUCAGUCAGCAGAAGAAGUGUUUACAAUUUUAUAUGCUGGGAUUGUAUCUUCAGCUGUAGUUAUAGCCCUUCAGACAUGGUGUAUCCAGAAAGGCGGCCCUGUAUUUGUUGCUGUGUUCCAGCCUCUGCAGACCCUUCUAGUGGCUAUUAUGGCAACUCUAAUUCUUAAGGAUCAGUUAUAUGCUGGAGGGAUUAUUGGUGCAGCCCUCAUCAUGCUAGGUCUCUACUCAGUUCUUUGGGGUAAAAAUAGAGAAAAGAAAGUGGAAACCCAAAAGGAAGCAUUAACAGAGCCUCUUAUUGAUCCAGAAAGUAGUGAAAAAGAUGGGGAAAAUGUAUCAGAUAUACCUUGAUAAAAUUGUUACUCUCUAGUGUCAAGAUAGUUACUGGUUUGAGAUGAGCCCAACAUCUCCAGUCCACAUGUAAAUUCUAUGGGACUUUUUUUUUCUUUUCAAUUUUCAUUUUCUUCUUAUGAAAGUCGUUGAAUAAUUCAACUGUAAAAACACUUGUCCAGCAAAAUGUGCUGGACAGAAUCCCUUCGACGACAUGUAGAUCAUGAGCCCUGA